AUGAGAAACGAGACUGAAAGGACUGAAAUUCUACUCCUUGGAUUUGAAACCAGUACAAAGUUACGUUUCCUCCUCUUCAUAAUUUUCCUAUCCUUCUAUGUCCUUACCAUCACCACCAAUAUGUUCAUUAUCGGUAUAAUAAGAAUAGACCUUAAUCUCCAGAGAAAACCUAUGUAUAUCUUUCUAAGCCACUUCUCCUUCCUAGAGAUAUGGUAUACCACUGUUACUCUUCCUAAAAUGCUGGUUGAUUUUAUAGAGGAUAACCAUACAUUAUCCUAUAAUGGCUGCCUUACCCAGAUCUACUUCUUCUUUGCAUUGGGUCUCACUGAGCUAUCCUUUCUGGCAGUAAUGUCAUAUGACAGGUAUUUCGCUGUAUGUCACCCAUUACGAUACAAUGCUAUUAUGACAAACAACCUUUGCAAUAAGAUGGCAAUAUGUUCAUGGUGUUGUGGUUUUCUUUUCAGUUUCAUUUUAGUUAUUCCCAGUUCUAGACUCUUGUUCUGUGGUCCAAAUACUAUUAACCAUUUCUUUUGUGACUUUAUACCAUUGCUGCACAUCUCCUGUAAUAAAACAUUGACAACAGAUAGACUUUUCUAUACACUGGCUUGGAUUAUUAUUUUAUUUUCUUUUUCUGUGACCAUAGCCUCAUAUAUUUUUAUUAUCAAGACAAUCUGUAGUGUGCUCUCCAGAGCAGGAAGGAGGAAUGCCUAUUCAACUUGUGCCUCUCAUCUCACUGUUGUUCUGACUUUUUAUAUCACAGUCAUCUUUAUGUAUAUUCGCCCAUCAGCACAAUACUCUUUUAGUGUGGAUAAGGUGGUCUCUCUGUUCUAUGCUGUGGUGGUCCCACUGUUAAAUCCGCUGGUGUACACUCUACGUAAUGCAGAAGUGCAAGAGGCUUUGAGGAAAAUGCUUGUAAAAAAAAUUGCAUUUUUCUAA